AUGUUCUGUGAACUUUACAACAACCUCCGGCGGGGGGCUUCAGCAAGCCUACCGUCCGCCGCCAAACUUCUACCUCUCCUCCUCCUCCUCACAUCAACGUCUGCGCUGCCAAUACCCGAGGUGUCGCAAGACCCCCGGCGAGAUCUUUCGAAAGAAAUUGAGAAAGAGCGGAUAAACAUCAUCGUUGCCGCCUACGAACUCUACACCACCACCUGGACCGAAACGCAGACGUAUACGAGCACCUACACCUCCGACUCGCCAGCCAUGGCCACGGGCGGUAUCUGCACCCCUGUUGCUGGCUCUGGACAAAUUCCAUGUGGCAGCGUGUGCUGCGGCAGCUGGCAGUACUGCCCAUAUAACGGCCAGUGCCUGGACAAUCCGGGCUCCGGCGGUGGCGGUGCCGGCGGCACGACGACCAACUUUGCUGCCCCGACUCCGACACCGACGCACUAUACGACCUACACCAGCAAUGGCGCGACCUUCACAACGCCUUACAAUCCGCCCUACAAGGCCACGUCGGGUUCCGGCACAACCACGGGCACCGCGAUCGGUGCCGCCGGCACCGGUGACGGCGUUACGUCGACCACUUCGUCGAACCAUUUGUCUGGCGGCGCCAUUGCCGGCAUUGUCAUUGGCACGCUGGCGGGCAUUGCCCUGCUCAUUGCCGUCUGCGCGUGCGUGCUCGUCCGCGGUCUCUGGCACGGCCUCAUGGCCCUCCUGGGCCUUGGUCCGAAGCGCCACGACCGCGAGGAGAACGUGACCAUCAUCGAGGAGGAGCGCUACGGGCGUCACGGCAGCGGUGGUCGUCAGCACAGCAGCUGGUACGGUGGUGGCGGACGUCCGUCGCCGCCGCCCAUGAGCGAGAAGAAGAGCCACAACCGCCGCUGGCUUGGCCUUGGUGCUGCUGCUGGCACGCUCCUGCUCCUCCUCGGCCUCAAGCGCCACAACGACCACAAGAAGGAGGAACGCCGCCGCCCGGCGCGGUCGCGCAGUGACAUACGCAGCGGCUACUACAGCGCCUCGUCGUACACGGCGACCAUUCCGAGCAGCCAAAACUCAAGGCGGUCAAGGGGCACACGAGCCAGUCGGCGUAGUGAUCCCACGCGGGUGUCACGGUCGUCCCGUCCAUCCCGGACGCCGCGUGCGUCUCGUGCACCGUCUCGGAUGUAG